AUGACGACUGUCAGUCCAGCUCAACCAUCUCUAACGUCCAACGAUGCGGCCGUUCUUCAAGCACUCUUUGACGCAGAGUCAUCUCCCUCGUCCGGAGUGACGAUCGAAUCAACGCGUCCCUCCUGGCCCGCGACUGUGAACAUUUCCGAAGCAGAACUCGCCUCCCUGAAGACCCGAGAGGCAGACAUAAUCCGCAAAGUCCAGGGCGAUGACCCCAGCCAAGAGGUCGUGAAAUCUGCGCUCAAAUAUAUCGAUACUCUUGUCAAAGAAUACCCUUCCUACCCACCCGCCUACACAAACCGCGCACAAAUAGUGCGUCUACUUAUCGAUCUCCAAUACGAACAAUCCCACCCAGAAAACCAGAGCAAGUCCCCAGACGAUGCUCUCUUCACACCUGAAGCCGAUUCUCUGUCCUCCCAAAUAUUCACAGACCUCGGGAAAGCAAUUACUCUCGCCACGCCCGCAUCUCCGGCAGAUUCCUUGUCGACCGUGCAAGCACGACUCCUGGCCGACGCGCACACACACCGCGGGUAUUUGCUUCUCAAAGCAGCGCGGAUGAGGAAGAACGGGCCCCUUCUGUCGGAGGGUGUAGUUAUUCCGGAGCGUCUGCGUGGACUCAGCGCGGAUGAGCUAGAGGAAAUGGCUAGUCGAGAUUUCUUCCUUGGUGGGCGAUUUGGGAAUAAGGUUGCACAACAAUUAGCUGUGCAGACAAAUCCAUAUGCGAAAAUGUGUGGAGCUAUUGUUAAGGAAGCCAUGAAAAAGGAGGUUGAAGGUGGUCAGGAUUGUACUUAG